AUGUCUGAACAAGCACUCGUCGACGCAGUCGUCACCCACUCCGAAAAACAAUCCCCCCUGGGACCCGGCUUCAAGCGCCUCACAGAACAAAUCUACCUCCAAGAAGCUCCCUCCUCCGCCACUCCCUUGUCCCCCUCAGACCCAACAACCAUCCUCCUCUACGGCUGGGGCGAUGCUCGCCCCAAGCAUCUCGCCAAAUACGUCGACGGCUACCGCGCCCUCUUUCCCGCCGCCAAGCUCGUCGUCAUCCUCUGCCCCCUCCUGCGCUGUCUCUACCAAACCCUCGACGCCCGCUCCAAGGCCAUGACCCCCGUCAUCUCCGCUUGCUUCGGCUCCCUGGACUCCGCCGACCGUAAGUCCGUCGAGGCUUCCGGAAACAACAGGGUCUUGGUGCAGGUCAUGUCCAAUACCGGAGGGAUGUACUUCGCCGCCACUUUGAACGCCUACCGCAAGCGCUUCGGCGGCGAGGUCUUCCCGCAUAAUAUGCUCGUCGUCGAUUCCACACCGGGUAGCACCUCCUUCCUGCAAAACGCCGGUCCGUGGUCGAGGGCGAUGGCCAUCGGUGCCCGGGCGUGGUUCCCCUUGCCGUUUAUUGUGACGCAAGCGCUGGCUUGCAUCUUCCUGGCGGCGCUGCACGGCUUCGGGUGGUUGGUUGGCGCGUCGAGCGCGGCGGCUUAUUCAGUGGCGGCGGUGAACAAUGAGAAGCUGUGUGAGAAAAGUGCCAGGAGACUGUAUCUGUACUCGAAGGAGGACGAUAUCAUUUAUUGGGAGGAUGUCGAGAAGCAUGCGGCGCAGGCGAGGCAAAGGGGGUAUGUGGUUGAUAUGGACAUAUUUGAGGGGACGCCGCAUGUGGGACAUAUGAGGCAGCAUCCGGAGCAGUAUUGGGGGGCGAUCAAGAAGACGUGGACGGAGGCUGUUGCUGGCCUCUAG